CGAGUGAAGGGACCCCGUGGAUAUCUCCACCACCUCCGUCUUCUCACAGCCUAACCUGCGCCUUCUGACUCGGACUUAGACAUCGGGAGCUAGAGGCGAUACCCCACCUUUUGGUUUUUGAACUCCUGUUUGAUUAAUCAGCAGACCCUGUGGUGGGAGGGUGGGGGUUCUGGUUUCCCCCGCCGCGGACCGAGGAGUUGUGUGUGUUUAUGCGUUUUACGCGUUGCUUGUAAUGGGCAAAAGUGGACAGACAAGUGGAAUAGGACGCGGGGUCGGCGGCUUGGCGAGGAUGUGCGCCACGCCGGGGAUCCUGGUCCUCCUGGUGCUCGUACACCGAGGAGUCGCUCAGGUGAGAGAUGACGAUGAUUUCCUGAGUCUGAGCGAACUCCCGGAAACCUUCCCGUCCGACCCUCCGGAGCCCUUACCUCACUUCCUGUUUGAACCUGAGGAAGGCUACAUUGUCAAGAACAAACCCGUCAAUCUGUACUGCAAAGCGACGCCUGCCACGCAGAUUUACUUCAAGUGCAACAGCGAGUGGGUGCAUCAGAAGGACCACACUGUGGAAGAGAGGGUGGACGAAAACUCAGGUCUGGUGGUGAGAGAAGCCAGUAUAGAAAUAACCCGGCAGCAGGUGGAGGAGCUGUUCGGGCCUGAAGAUUACUGGUGCCAGUGCGUGGCCUGGAGCUCUGCUGGAACCACCAAAAGCCGCAAGGCACACGUCCGCAUCGCCUACCUGAAGAAGUCAUUCGAACAGGAGCCCCUGGGAAAGGAAGUAUCUCUGGAGCAGGAAGUGCUGUUACAGUGUCGUCCUCCGGAGGGCAUACCAGCUGCUGAGGUGGAGUGGUUGAAGAACGAAGAGAUAAUUGACCCAGCGGAGGACAGAAACUUCUACAUCACCAUCGAUCACAACCUGAUCAUCAAACAGGCGCGUCUGUCUGACACGGCCAACUACACGUGCGUGGCCAAGAACAUAGUGGCCAAAAGACGAAGCACGACGGCGACCGUUAUUGUUUAUGUGAACGGUGGUUGGUCCACGUGGACGGAGUGGUCGGUGUGUAACAGCCGUUGCGGACGGGGCUUCCAGAAACGAACCCGCAGCUGCACCAACCCCGCCCCUCUCAAUGGAGGGCUGCCCUGUGACGGACAGGCCAUACAGAAACUGCCCUGUACCACUCUGUGCACAGUGGACGGUGUGUGGACAGACUGGAGCAAGUGGUCGGCCUGUGGGACGGAGUGUACCCAGUGGAGGAGGAGGGAGUGCAACAACCCAGCACCUAAAAAUGGAGGAAAGGACUGCGAGGGGCUGGUUCUCCAGUCUCAGAACUGCACCGACGGACUCUGUAUGCAAAGUUCAUUUUUUCAGAAGUCCACUGAGCCCAAAGAAAAGAGUGAUUUGGGAAUCCCAUCUGCUCCGAGUACAGAUGAUGUGGCGCUGUACGUGGGCAUCGUCAUCGCAGUCAUUAUGUGCCUGGUCAUCUCCGUCAUCGUGGCGCUCUUUGUGUACCGCAAGACGCACCGUGACUUUGACUCGGACAUCAUCGACACCUCGGCGCUAAAUGGGGGCUUCCAGUCUGUUAACAUCAAAACUGCCAGAUCAGCUGAUCUACUGACAGCUCCUCCUGACUUGACAAAUGCAGCUGCCAUGUAUCGUGGACCGGUGUAUGCCCUCCACGAUGUUUCAGAUAAAAUCCCAAUGACCAACUCUCCUCUCCUGGAUCCUCUCCCCAACCUGAAGAUCAAAGUCUACAACUCAUCUGGUCUGGUAACACCGCAGGAUGACCUCGGAGGAGACUUCACAUCCAAGCUGUCUCCUAAGGUAACUCAGUCUCUGCUGGAUAACAGCGACACCAUGAACCUUCGCAACCAGAGCUUGGCUCGAACACGGGACCCUUCCUGUACCGCUCACGGAUCCUUCAACAACCAGGGGGGACACCUCAUUGUGCCCAACUCUGGCGUGAGCUUGUUGGUUCCGGCGGGUGCUGUUCCUCAGGGUAGGGUGUAUGAGAUGUAUGUGACGGUGCACAGGAAGGACAGCUUGAGACCCCCGGUAGAGGACAUCCAGACAGUGCUGAGCCCGGUGGUGAGUUGUGGACCUCCAGGAGCCCUGCUGACCAGACCAGUGAUCCUCACCAUCCACCACUGUGCUGACAACGUCCAGGAAGACUGGCUCAUCCAGCUGAAGAACCAACUGGCCAUGGGAGAGUGGGAGGAUGUGGUUAUAGUAGGGGAGGAAAACUUCACCACCCCCUGCUAUGUGCAGAUGGACUCGGAGGCAUGUCACAUCUUAACAGAGACACUGGGGACUUACUGCCUGGUGGGCCAGUCAAUCUGCAAGGCAGCCGCCAAGAGGCUCAAACUGGCUGUUUUUGGACCCGUCUCCUGCACAACUUUGGAUUAUCACAUCAGGGUCUAUUGUCUGGACGACACACAGGAUGCACUUAAGGAGGUUCUUCAGAUGGAGACCCAGAUGGGAGGGAAGCUUCUGGAUGAGCCAAAGACUCUGAACUUUAAAGACAGCACACACAACCUGAGACUGUCAAUCCACGACGUGCCACACACACACUGGAAGAGCAAACUCAUCGCCAAGUAUCAGGAGAUCCCAUUCUACCAGGUGUGGAGUGGCAGUCAGAGAACUCUUCACUGCACCUUCACCCUGGAGAGGCUGAGCUCGGCCACCACGGACAUCAGCUGCAAACUGUGUGUGCGGCAGGUGGAGGGCGAGGGACAGAUCUUCCAGCUCAGCAACACGCUGGAAGAGGAGGUCCAGUGCAUAGACACGUCCCUGAUGGACCCUGCCAGUAAUAUCACAACCUUAGUGGGGCCUAAUGCCUUCCGCAUUCCUUUAUCCAUCAGACAGAAGCUGUGUGGCAGUCUAGAUGCACCACAGACCAGAGGCAAUGACUGGAGGAUGCUGGCCCACAAACUCAACCUUGACAGGUACCUGAACUACUUCGCCACCAAGUCCAGUCCGACAGGUGUGAUCCUGGAUCUCUGGGAGGCCCAGCACUUCCCUGAUGGAGACCUAAAUGAACUGGCGGCCGUGCUGGAAGAGAUGGGUCGCCACGACAGCAACUUCGCCUCCAUGUCAGCAGAACACUGACCGAGCGGCACGGUCGUCGUGACAAUGGCAGAACUCUGGAGACGAUUACACGCGAAUUCUCUACGGUUGACGCUGCAGCGAGGGCAAUGAGCAAAUCAGAUGCGAGCAAAAGGAAAACUUGUGGCCAUGGUGAUAGGGCACCGGUUAAAAACCAGGGUAAUCAUGCCAACGUGCAAACAGACAGAACGGGAGGCGCUCGAGCCGGCGCUGGAACUAUGUGUGUAUCUUUGUGUGUUUAUUUGAGCAACGUUGCAGUGUCGUUCGUGACCGGCGGAGAGAUAACCCGACCUAAAACACAAACAGAGUCUAUCAGGAGCAAAGAAAACAUACACAUGCCUAAAAAAAAAAAAAAAAAGACCUUGUCUAGUGUAACACUAGUUGUUCUCUUGCUGUUAGUUUAUACAGAACAAAGAGAAGCAGACAGAGAAAAGCAAAGCAACAGAGGUAGCGACCUUGAAAACCUCUAUAGGAAUGGAACAGAAUCAUAAAGUUAAACUGAUUAAGAGGGGGAGGGGUGAGGAAAAAGUGAGAGAGCGAGUCGGAGACAAGACCCUUCGCUAAGACAAGAGUAAACACAGAGAAGCUAAACUGAUUACGAAAGGGAGGGAGGACGUCAAUAUGAAAUGAUGGGAGAAGCGGCAGGUGAUCAUCUGUAAGAACAGGAUGGAGAACAGAUAAUGAUGGGGUGGGGGGAGGGGGUGAGGAUGUGAUCCCGCUCUUCUCCCGCGAGCCUUGGCUGUACGUGUUUGCCAGUACAGUUUGUUGUCUUUAUAUCGUUUCCUAGGGAACGCUCUAUGUAUCCUGCUGUCCAUAUGUGUGGAUCAUUUCCUGCUAACAGAGUUUGCUACGCAGUGACCGUCAAUCAAGGACCCCGACCAGAAACAAGCCCGAGACAACAGGUUCGGCUCACGUCACGAGCGGUGUUUGAAUUUGCGCUAGGCGUCGAGCUUGUGGCUUUCCUCCAAAACGCGCGACGGCGUUAAAUCACCCAGAUCGCAGGAAGUCAAAGGCAGCUUCCACUUGCCUUUAACUUGUGUUACUUUUCUUAGAGAAGCCGAUCCAAAGAUGAUUGAUGGAUUUAAGGAAAGACUUGUUUUUUGUUUGCCAUUUUUAGUAGCGUAUUGUUGUGACAGACUUGUGAAAUUGUCUGUUUUGAGGUAUAUUUAAGAUUGCACUUAUGAUAAACAGAUAAACAAGGCAGCGAUGCAGACCGUCAGCUCUUCAUUCUCAUGCACAGUAUCGCCUCAGCAGUACAGUAUACUAAUAUGUUUGUUUUAAAGGCGUCGGCACUUGUUCAGGAAAACAACUUUUGCAAACAGCAGAAACAAACCUGCUUUUAUCGGAGUUUCACAACACGCUCAAAGCAUCGAGACGUUGAUCUCCGAGCUACUAAAAUCACAUGUUCACAAUGCUAUCUGCAGCAAUGCUUUGCUCCUCCCCGGAGAGGAGCUGUUUGGAGACGUGGCCACGACGUUCGGUUAACCACAACCUCAGAGCCGAGAGCCUCUCUGAUUGGCUGAGGGGGCUUGUUUCUGGACAGGGUCCAACGCCCGAGAAAGGAGAGAGGGAGCAAAAAAAGGGAUGAACUAGAAGUGACAAGUGUUUUUAAAUACAGUAAUAUACAGAGUACUAUAGUAUUAUGUGAUAGUGAAUUAAAUACAGCUGAUAUCAUUCAUUACUGCUAAAUGUACCCAGUAUACAGAUUUUAUCAAUCAUAUUUUUAUUUACUAAAAUAUAUAUAUAGCCUACAUAUAUAUAUAUAUACACACACACACACACACACACACACACACACACACACACACACAUAUAUAUAUAUAUAUGUGUGUGUGUAUAUGUAUGUCUUUCAUAUUUUCGGUGUCCCAUCAUCAUCAAAGGAUGUCAGUUGUGUUAUCUGCCAUCUGGCCACAUGUGAUUUCAUUUGUGAUCAUGACUUUGCUGGUCACUAGCACCAUCCAGCGGCUGCUGAAGAAUAACAGCAUUUACAUUUUUCUUUUUCUUUUUUCAUUGUCUGAGACGUGUAAAUACAUGAUUAUCAUGUUCCUUCUAAUGACCUUAUAUUAGCAUAAUAUUUUCGUUCGGUGGUCAUUCUUGUGUUUUUUGCAUUAACAUUUUUUUUUUUUCCAUUUUAAUGUUUUUAGGGGGUGGGAUAAAAUCUGUAACAUAUCAGUUAGUUGCCCUUUAUCGAAAACAAUCCUCUAUCUGCAACUAACAUUCCAACUCAUGGUGUACUUGUUGAAGCGGUUGCGAUUUAGAGCUAAGAAUCAAGACGCCACCUGAAGGGGGUUAUGUAAAAUGAAGUGUAAUAUAUUUGUGUUUUGCAGAACAACAGCGUGAACCAAGGCAGGCUUUCAAAUGUAUGCACUGACUCAGGUCAACAGCGUCUGAUGAAAGAGGUUUGAGGAAAGACAAACAGCCUUAUUUUUAGUGGCUUUUGAGAAGUUUAUAGACGCCCCUGGGGACAAGAACUCUGUUCACCAUUUAAGGGACAACAUGAACAUUCAGUUCACAGGAAAUACAUGUAAAAUACCUGGAGAUAUUUCUGCUCUGAACUAUGGAGAGACGCCAUAUGAAACUGAACAUCAGAUAUGUAGAGGAGAUACUGAGGAGGAUGUUGUAGAGAAAACCAAGCGGGCUGACAAACAAAGGCUGAGUUAACACAAAAGGUCAGAUUUUUGCCUCUUCAUGACAGAUUUCAUCUUGUGGUCGUCCACAUAGGAGGAAACCUUGAGACAUUGAUUUUUCACAUCGAUUUUUCUUUCUUUGUUCAGUCGGUCAGAAACACGCCACUUAGAAAUCCGACCUCUUGUAUCGACGCGAGGCCAGGCGAGUUGGACGUAGAGGCCUCAGAAAGAUGUGCGUUUUAAUUUUGGACAGCCUUAUUAAACAAAUGAGGAGAGGUGUGCGGCUAAAUGACGGAGUGGAUGUUUCGUGUGUGUUUCAAAUGUGACUGCUGAUGUCAGACGUGAGGAAGUCCAAGCGGAGCGUUUGAAUUUUGAGGAUAAAAGCCUAAAACAUCAAGUCAUGAAUUCAGUUUGUUUCAGAACAAAAUAUGAACCCAAAGGUCAUGGCGACGUCUCUUUCAUACAACGUGAUCAUCCACAUCUCUUAUUAACUCGAGUGCAGAAUACAUGAUCAAACGUUGACCGCUGGAAGGCGUGCAAGGAAACAAUCGGCCGCCCGACGUUUGAUCCGUGGCCGCGUUCUAAGUCUACGGUUUGCCAGCAGGACAGAGCGUUUGUUCGUGGAGUAGACCGAAAAGGGCCGUUUUCAUACGAGGAGAGCAAAUGCAGGCCUCCGGAAGGUGAACCUUAGUGAUGUGAAAAUAGAGAAAGUAGUGUUAAGAUAUCAAAGUAUGUACAAAUAUUUUCUACCCACAGUAUGUACAGUUGUGUACUGUCAGCUAUAUUUGGCAAAUUUGAGAAUAUAAAAAGAGCAGUACAGUUAGAUACUAGUUUGUAUGUUUCAAGUUUUUUUUUAUUUAAGUUUCUUUCCUUUUUUGUAAAAGCGGUGUCUACUAUGCAAACUUGGCAUUGGUUAUCAUGAUAGAAGUCUAUAACUAGAGCUGUGCUUGUAAGUGCAUUUUUAUUUUACUAUCAGGGGUGAUUUGAUUUUGAUUAGUGUGGGGUAGUGUUGGUCCAUUUUAGCUAAUUCUGGCACGCUUCAUGAAUCUUGCUCAAUCUUGCUGAAUGCUCGCCUCUCUAUCUCCUCUAAUUGUUUUCUGUACAAAGUGUAAGAAAGAAUUUUUAAGACAAUUAAUAAAUUAUAUUUAUA